CGUCGUGACGGGAGCGCGGCGCCGCCAGCCGGGCCUGCCGGGAGCCUCCCGCCCCGCCCCGCCCCGCCCCGCCCUUGCGUGACCCCCGGCUCGCCCUCUCCCCUCUCUCCCCCGUUUCCCCCUUUUACUCUCCCGUCUCCCCCCCCCCCCCCCCCUCGCUCGUGAGCGCGCUCCGCGACCCGGCUGUAUUUGUACCUGCAGAGCCGCCGUCGUCCCGGCCCGGCGACGGGAGCUCCGGCCUUUUGCGGGCAGUCGGCGGCGGCGGGAUGCGAUCCGUCAGCUACGUGCAGCGCGUGGCGCUCGACUUCGGCGGCAGCCUCUUCCCUCACGCCAUCUGCCUGGGGGACGCUGACAAUGACACGCUGAAUGAGCUAGUGGUGGGAGACACCAAUGGGAAACUCCAUGUUUACAAGAAUGAUGACAGCAAACCCUGGGCUGUGCGAUCUUGCCAAGGAAUGCUCACAUGUGUUGGCGUGGGAGAUGUAUGCAAUAAAGGAAAGAAUUUUGUGGUGGCUGUGAGCGCAGAAGGCUGGUUUCACCUUUUUGACCUGACUUCAACAUCAAAACACCCGGACACUUCAGGUCACCAUGAGCUGGCAGCAGCAGAAGAGCAGAAGCCAGUAUUCAAGCAGCACAUUCCUGCCAACACAAAGGUCAUGCUGAUCAAUGACAUUGAUGGAGAUGGAAAGUGUGAGUUGGUGGUGGGUUACACUGACAGGGUGGUACGUGCCUUCCGCUGGGAGGAUUUGUCAGAGAAUUCAGACCAUGUCUCGGGGCAGCUGCUACUGCUGAAGAAAUGGCUGCUAGAAGGUCAGGUGGACAGCCUUUCUGUGAACCCAGGCCCUGAUGGCUCACCGGAGAUGAUGGUGUCUCAGCCAGGCUGCGGUUAUGCCAUUCUGCUGUGCACCUGGGACUCUGAGCAGCAGGCCACAACAGAGGGAAGAGAUGAUUCUACCCCAAACAGUGAUGCCCCUGUUCGAGAUGUUAUUCUACACCAAACAUCUGGACGGAUUCACAACAAGAAUGUUUCCACUCAUCUAAUUGGUAGCAUUGGCCGAGCCUGCUCCAGUGAGAAUAGUGGCUCAGGUCUCUUUGCCCUCUGUACUCUGGAUGGGACAUUGAAACUCAUGGAGGGAGCAGACAGGCUGCUCUGGUCUGUGCAGGUUGAUCACCAGCUGUUUGCUCUGGAAAAGCUGGACGUUACUGGCAAUGGGCAUGAGGAGGUGAUUGCCUGUGCCUGGGAUGGUCAGACAUACAUCAUCGACCACAAUCGGACUGUUGCCAGAUUUCAAGCAGAUGAGAAUGUCAGUGCAUUCUGUGCAGGCCUCUAUGCAUGCAAAGGAGGAAGCAACAGCCCCUGCCUGGUUUAUGUCAGCUUCAGUCAGAAGAUCUACAUCUACUGGGAUGUGCAGCUGGAGAGAAUGGAGUCCACCAACCUGUUGAAAAUCCUUGAUUGUGACCCAGAGUUUGGAAAUCUCCUGCAGCAGCUGGGUGUGGAAAGAGGUGACGUUUCUGCUGUCAGAGACCUGAUUCAUAAAACGCUGUAUUUUCCUGAGAAAGAGCAGCAGAGCAGCUCCUGGCAGUGUCAGGACCCUGCUGGAACAGACUCCUCUGCCCACUACACUGUAAUACAGGAUCCCUUAUAACAAGCCACAUGGAGGUUGACAUCUUUAAUGCCAGCACAAACUCUUCUCCAACUGGAAUCAGUCAUCUAAUGAAGAUGAGACUCUUCUUUUCCCAUCUCUGUCAAAGCUUCCAGACAGCAAAGGGUGUAUAGGCCAGGUUCUGUGGAGGGAUGUGCUUGGCUGUAGGUUUGAGUGAAGGUGGGGGUGCUGUUCUGAUUAGGAUAGGAGCAGCAGGCUCACCUGCUGUUUUACAUCUAUUAUCUUCUCUCGCUUGUGUGUUGUUUUAUUGGACAUGCGUAAUUGCUGGAGCUGUCCCUUCACCCUUUUGGCAGUCCAAGAGGGUUGCAUCCAAGACAGAGCAGAUACAAUUCAGUGAGCUCUCUUUAGCAGAUGGUAACAUCUAAAGAUCCUGCAGCCUGGUGAAAACCUGCUGUGCUGUCCUCUUCAGGACAUUCAAGGGCAGCCCUAACUGUGAGAAAGAGCUUCGUAUAGAGGAAAAGAGUGUCUUGCCCUUGGGUCAAAAGGACUGUUUGUUGAGGUAGCCCUGUGUGGUAGAAGGGCAGAUCUUUACAUCAUAAGCCCUAGCUUUUUUUGGCAGUUUCCAUCUGUGGAUUUAUAUAAGCUUUAUAGAAGACAGCUUCUGUCCUCUAUGUUUAACAGCUGUGAAAGUUGAAGCGUGGAGGAGCGAAAUGGUAUAAUCUGCUCUCUGCCAGCUAGCACUCUUUUUGCAUCUCAGACCAUUCUGUCUUCUUACUCUGCAACUACAGUGGAAGCUUCUCCAAGUUAAUGACCUCACUGAGAAGCAUUUUUAAAUAUGCCCCUGUCAUACUAAGUGCUUGUGUACAACUGGACCCUUCAGGCAGGAGCUCUCAAGUCGUAGUAGUACUUUAGUAACGGUGGUGUUCAGAGCAGCAGGGCUUGAGUUUGUCAGCUAUGGAGAGCUGAUAGUGUAGGGACCAUCUACUGAUGGGCUAGAGCAAAUUGUCUUGAAGCUUAUCAGCUCUGGACUGUAACCUUAAGGAAUUGUCAGUUCUCAUGAUGCUGAGAUGUACAGCCACCCAUCCCCGUGGGCAGUCACCACUGCUUCUGGUAAAUUACUUGUGACUCCUUGGGCUCUCAUCAGGCUUAUAGUUUGUUCUUAAUGAGGGUGAGUCUUGGCGCUAUUAACUAGAUCACGGUAUAUUGGUUUCUUGCUACUUCCAGGUUUCUGUUUCCUAAAACCUAAAGCUGCUCUUUCUGAUCACCAGAACAUGUAAGGAUUUUCCGUUCAGGUGAAGUAGUAGCAGUUUGCUACUUUUGUCUCAUCCCCUUAGUGACCAGCUGAGCGGGGGAGAAGCAGAUGUCCCUACAGGUGGGAUGAACAAUUUGGUUUCGCUGUGUUCUGUGCUACUUUCCACCUAGGCCUGUUGCUACCUGAUUUUAAUCUUGCCCUUCAAAGUUAAUGGCCCUGACACAGAGAAGGACCGCAGCGGAGCAGGGCUCUGAGGAGCAGUCUCUGGAAGGUACAACACAAGUUACAUUGGAGCAAUGUCCCUGAACAGGCCUGUGCUUCGGUGUACACAGCUCUUCCAGCCUGAAUACAGACUGCUGGUUUUCCUCUA